GGCGUGAUGCGGUCGUGACGUAGUUCCGUCUGGGACUUUAAUCCUCUGCCGCAGCCGCCGAGUGGAGGAGGGGGGGCACCGGAGCACCGUGAUGAACACCGAGGCUAACGGCUAGCAAGACCCCCCUCUAAAAGAAAAGAUGGGAAAGGGGAAGAUGUCAGACCUCCUUCGGUUCUAAACGAGCUUCUUGUCAAACGUUCGCUUUGGAAGCAAACAGGGCGGGUUCUGCUGCGGGUUCAGCUGCCAGUGCGGCCCGGCUCGUCCUGUCACCAAAACAUGCAGGGGUGUCGGGGGUGACACAUUCUCACACACCCCCGACCACCGAGCAGGAAGAACCGCUACAAAGCCACAGCAGCUCCCCGGCGCCGGAUUACGAGCAUCAGAACCGGCAGAGGAGCUUCGAGCCAGCCCGCCUCUGACCUUCAAGGCGAUCCGUACUCGCUAGAGGAGGACGCCGAUACUUCCGUGAAGCCCCGCACGAUCCCGAUGGACUCCCCCGGAGCCCACCACGUCAACAACGGCAACAUGUUGUCCGGAGGUCUCGGCGCCGCCUUCCCGAACCUCCCCGCUCAGGAGAUGCAGAGCACCGGCGGGGGCUCUCCCUCGCCCUCCCUCCCGGGGUUCGGCACGCCCUGGUCGGUCCAGACCAGCUCGUCGCCCCCUCCGGCGCCCCCUUCCGUGGGCUCCCUCCACGCCGUCAACCAGCUGGCCAGCGCGGAGUCCGACAGCAGCUUCUACGCGGGGAUCCCGUCCUCCAUCAACCCGGCCUUCUUCCAGAGCUUCUCCCCUGUGUCCGCUAAUCCGUGCGCCGGGAUGAACGUGCCGGGCUUCGGCGGCCCCUUCACCGUCCCCCAGCAGCCUCAGCAGAGCCGCAGGUCCCCCAUCAGCCCUCAGAUGCACCCCCAGCAGGGGGCCUUCCUGCAGCAGAGGAACAACUACAACCAAGGCCACCAGCCCGUGGCAAAGACGUCCCCCUGGGGGGGUCACCAGGGGAACGGCUGGAGCUCCGGUGGGGCGUCAUGGGGCUGGGACCACCGCAGGGGUGGCCACGCUUCACCCCUUAAGAAGGCCUUCCAGAGCAACGUCAUCGCCCCGCCCAAGUUCCACCGCGUUGCUGGGUCGCUGGGGCCCAAGUCGUGGACGGAGGAGAACGUGUUCCGCACCGACGGCAACAGCAACGCCUUGUUACCCCUGCAGGAGCGCUCCAGGAUGUACGAGAGUCUCAACAUGCAUUCCCUGGAGAGCUCUCUGAUUGACAUCAUGCGGGCCGAGCAGGAGCCCAUGAAAGCAAGUCGUGUUGGAUGUCCAAACCCAACAGCAGACGGGCUCCUGAUGCUCAACGCCAGGAGCUAUGGGAGACGUCGAGGACGCUCGUCUCUUUUCCCGAUCGAGGACAAUCUCCUGAAUGACGGCCACGGCAACCAGGGUGUCCCAGGAGUGUUGGGCUCCCCCAGCUGCUACCCCCAUCAGAACGGGGAACGCAUAGAGCGCUUUUCCAGGAAGGUGUUUGUGGGCGGGCUGCCGCCUGAUAUAGAUGAAGAUGAAAUAACCUCCAGCUUCCGCCGCUUUGGUCACCUGGUGGUGGACUGGCCACACAAAGCGGAGAGCAAGUCCUACUUUCCCCCCAAAGGAUACGCCUUCCUGCUGUUCCAGGAGGAGACGUCAGUGCAGGCGCUGAUCGAAGCCUGCAUGGAGGAGGACGGCAAGCUCUACCUGUGCGUCUCCAGCCCCACCAUCAAGGAUAAACCCGUGCAAAUUCGUCCAUGGAACCUGAACGACAGUGACUUUGUGAUGGACGGAUCUCAACCCCUGGAUCCCCGCAAGACCAUCUUUGUGGGAGGAGUCCCUCGCCCCCUCAGAGCAAUCGAGUUGGCCAUGAUUAUGGAUCGCCUCUACGGCGGCGUCUGCUACGCGGGGAUCGACACCGACCCAGAGCUCAAGUACCCCAAAGGGGCGGGGCGGGUGGCCUUCUCCAAUCAGCAGAGCUACAUCGCCGCCAUCAGUGCCAGAUUCGUACAGCUGCAGCACGGCGACAUUGACAAGCGGGUGGAGGUGAAGCCAUAUGUGCUGGACGACCAACUGUGCGACGAGUGCCAGGGCGCUCGCUGUGGCGGGAAGUUUGCGCCCUUCUUUUGCGCCAACGUCACCUGCCUGCAGUACUACUGCGAGUUCUGCUGGGCCAACAUCCACUCGCGCGCCGGCCGGGAGUUCCACAAGCCACUGGUCAAAGAGGGUGCAGACCGCCCACGCCAGAUCCACUUUCGCUGGAACUAAGAGGUGCACGGACGGGUCUGCCGAUCAGUAGAAGCCCCUUAACACUCAACAGUGUGUCAUCCAUUCUAGAUAGCGCUUUCGCUUUUGUAGCAGCCACAAGCCUCGUUUCUCCACCACCUUCACGUCUCAGGCUCUGGCGACGACUCCUUUUGUGGUACGGUCAUCUUUUUCUUAAGAGGAGAUUUUCCACAAAAGAAAUUGAGUUUUAUACAUUUUUUGAAAUUAUUAUUUUUGUAUGUGAGAUGAGAGGAAGAUGUUUGUGCAUGAGGGGGGAGGAGCCAGUCUACUAGUGCGCUCGCUGCUAGCCACUCCCAAGUGAGUGUCCAGCAAGGUCGCCUGCCAAGGACACUAACCAAAGGUAGCAAAAAUGAUAGGAAGCAGACAGCUGACACACUUUUAAAAACGCAAAACUACCGACCGUCAGCAUCUUUUACACAUGAAUCCUGAAUCAGAGCCGUAACAGAAGAUGCUUGCCUGUUUAGCAGUCAAGCGGGAUAUUGCUGCAACAGUGUACGCUACAGCGACGCGGCAUCGCGGCAUCCUGCAACUUGAUGAUAGCGCCUGGUGUGACGUCUGAAAUGUAGUGGAACCUCUGUUUUUGUGAAUAAUUCGUUCCCAAAAGUCUGAAGAAAACGGAAACCUACAAAAACAGGCAAUUUUUCUCGUAGGAAAUCAUGUCAAUCCAAUGAACUUGUUCUGGGCACCCAAAAACAUGAACAAAAAUACAUUUUAUACAGAAUAAUUAUAGUUUUACAUGCAAAAACCAUGGCUUCCCGUGGAACUCUCCCAUGGAGCUCUUACAGGAUCGGUUUGUCGCCGAGUGUCAAGAGAAUUGGCAGCUCCAAGUCUGAGUCCAUGGUUCCCGCCCGGAAAAGGGUGGAGUGCCAUCUCCGGGUCGGGGAUGAGAUCGUUCCCCGACCUGUUCAUGAUUGUUCAUGAGUGAGGGAAGGGCGGAACGCGAGAUGACAGGCGGAUUGCAGUGAUGCGGACACUGCAUCUGUCCGUUGUGGGGAGGAGGGAGCUUUUAGUAGCGGGAGCUGAGCCGAGUAGUGACCGAAAGCACAAGAUCCGGUUACAAGCGGCCGAAAUGAGUUUUCUCCAUAGGGUGACUGUGCUCUCCCUUAGAGAUAAGGUGAGAAGCACUGUCAUCAGGGAGGGAGAAACUCUGCAUUGAGAGGAACCAACUCCCGGACGACUCCCUGGCGAGGUGUUCGGGGCACGUCCGACCGACGGGUAGGAGGCCUAGGAGAAGACCCAGAACGGGAGCUUGAUGAAGCAGCCCGGGAGAGAGGGAAGACUGCGCUUCUCUGCUAAGGCUGCUGCCCCUGCAACCCGACCUGGGAUAAGCAGAAGGCGAUGGAUUGAUGGAAAACAAUGCAGAGAAAUUAUAAAUCGAUUGGCUGGAACUUAUUGUCGAUGCGGACGUCUCGUACAUCCUGGCAAGAUGGAAUUCAAUAGUGCCCCAGGACGGGUUAUUUAGAACUCAGCAACGUGUAGGGUGCUUUGUUUGGGUGCGCCUCUUCACGGAACAGUGGAGCACAGGACAAACGGACUAGUUUUUCAGGUGCGAUACGGUCAGAAAACACAGGCAAAACUUUGAAAUCCGAAUCAUUGGAAAACCGGGGCGAGGUUUGGACAGUGACAACAUGUCGGCAGAAGCGAGUAUCAGAUGUUACGCUUCCAACACAGGCGGACUCCCCCCCUCUGUUACGACUCUGACACUACCUCCACUCGACUCGUACUGUGUUUGUGCCGUUUACAGUACAUCCGACUGUGACUGUAAAACACAAGGCGGAAUACCCCUUCUUUCCGUUUAGCGACUAAAGAUGCAAUGAUACCUCUGAACGCUCGGCCCGGUUCCUGCUCACUGUAUUCUUCAACAUUUAUACACAACAAGCUACUUUAGGAACGUUGCUGCUACUGAGAAAUACAAAAUAUAUUCGAGUAGUUGUGUAGAUCAAAUAUUUAAUGCCGUUUAAAAAGCAAACUUGUGUAAAGAAAAAAAGAAAUGCAGUGAUGCACUUCUGACCUCCGAUGCCAGGGUAGGGGGCGCAUGCUUGGAAUCAGCAUGCGGGAAGUGAGGAGCGAUGAAAGAAAAACAACGAAGAAGAAGAAAAGACAAAUCAGCUGUAAGUAGCAUGAACAUGACGGGCGUGGCUUUGAAAACCCGAGCGAGAGAAUAAGAAGAAUUUGGAAAAAGCAGACUUAUUUAUACUUGCAUGCGUUGAUGUUUCUCUGUCGUUCCAGCCGUUGACAACAAAAGCGUGAUUCUGCUGUAGACUUUUAGUGGACGCCGUGGUGGCUUGUGUGGCAACAAAAACAAAAAGCGGUGUUCAGUGGUUGUGUGCGUGCGUGUGUUGUCGUCCAUGUGCCGUGUGCGUGCGUGCGUGUUUGUGUAUAGACCGAGGCUCUGGUUAUUAACCAACAUCGCCCGCGGGGGAGUGUAUUGUUUCCGAUUCUGAAAAUAUUACGGGACAAUCGCUGUUGGAGCUCCGCCCCCGCUGGUCUACCUGCUACUGUACUGUAAGUGUGUCGUCAUGGUUUACCGGUUAACACUUGAUUUACUUCUUGAUAAUUGUUUGUCGACUACUUCCCCUCACUGGACCUCCCUGAUUGCUUUUGAAGAAAAUGUUAUGCACUACUUUUCUAUACCCCCCUCCCACCCCAACCCCCGUCACCGCAAUGGUUCUUAGUCACCCUGAAAUGAUUGAAGUGCAGAUUCUCUUAUUUAUUGUUUGUUCAAGGUGUGUGAAGCUGUUGGUCUUAUGUUGUCUGUAUGAUUGGACAAGGAAUUCGAUGACACGCUGUCGGAACCUGCAGAGAUGUUUACAAGGAUCUUCUAUUCUGUGUACUGUAUCGUUCAAUAUAGUUAGUGGGAGGUGAAAUGGAAAUCCCACGCUCGUGAUUGUUACGUUAUUGAGGUAGCGUGGUGUUAAAAUGAACGUGGGAUCAUCUUUCUUGAUUGACGAUGUCGUCCUGGGUAUUGGCGGAAAAAAACCUGACAGGAAUAUCACGGAUGAGCUGUUUGCAAAAAACGCACACAAUUUCUGCUACAGCAGGGGUGUCCAAAUGUGAAAAAUGAAAGGAUGCAACUUUUAAAAACUGCAUCUCAGCUUUGUCGUAUACAGUAGUCCCUCGUUUAUCACGGUUCCAUGACGAUAAAUGCCUUUCAACGCCGAUCACAAAAGCCGAUCACCUGUGGCUAGCACUAUUGCACCCCCAGCGAUCCUUUCCUGCCCGAACUAACGUCUUGGGCAGUGUCGCCCUCCCACUUUCCCUCAAAACAAAAGCGGUCAUGUCUGCCGUGCCAACACAUCUUGCGGGGCUGAAAAGCUUUCAUACGGAUAUUGUGAGAUUUGGAGGAUCAGUCCGCACCCCUUUAUUUUUUUUAAUUACCUAUUUUUUGGCCCCCCUGGCAGUCAAGGUCACUUGCCCUGACUUUUCCCCUUUAUAAAGCAGCCCUGGCCAAAAGAACUCAUUAUAAAUACAUUGAAAAAUGUAUCAUUAAUCCAUGUGAUGGGUCUGAUCGGAGCAUCCCUAGUCUCAGUGUUAAUAAAUACAAUAUUUUCAUAGAUAGAGCAUACAAAAGCUGUUUAUGACUUUCUAAAUGCGGGUUUUAACAUGACUAGAGCCCCGUAGACAUGAAGUAACACUCCAACAGUCACUUUUACACUCCACCUGCCUUUGUUUACAUCACAUUGCGCAGGCUAUGGGAUCAGUGCAGGGACAUAACAGACGGCCAGUGCUAGCAUAGCAAGCUAAAAUCAAAGUGGAGAAGGAGGACAAAAAAAGACAAAAACUUACCACUUCCACACGGAAUGAGAGGAUUACCUUCUUUUCCACUCGAUCUCAGCCAUUGCAUGUGCGCCACCACCAGUCUCAGGAUACCGCAAUACUACACAUACAGUCACUGGGAGUGAUACUCAAACUGCGAUAUAGCCAGGGAUUACUGCAGGUGAAAAAGCCUUUUAUUAGUAUCAACUUUACUCGCUUCCCCAGUUUUGCUGUCGUUUUUUUUUUUUAUAUGAACUGUUCUUCUCUUAAAAUUAUGACUUUAUUCCCAUAAUAUUUUGACUUUAUUCCUGUAAUAGCUUUACUUUUUCCUCAACCUAAUUUUCCAAAAAACUACAUGUUACAACUUUUAUAAAGUAACCAUUUUUUCUUUAAUAUUUCAAGUCUAUGUUACUACGUUUUUAUGUUACUAACUUUUUUUCUUAAUAUUUUGACGUCAACGAUGUAAAAUGACAGCUAAUUUUCCAAAUAAUUGUACAUUUUCUUCUCGUGAUUAUGACUUUUUGAUUUUGACGUUAUUCUCGGACUAUUAUAACUUUUUCUCCAACGUAAAUUUCCAAAAUGUACAACUUUAUUUGUUGUUCUGUUUGUUUCCCAUAAUAAUAUUACAACGUUAAAAAAAGUAACUUUUUCUUUAAUAUUGCAACUAAAAUGACAUUAUUUUUCCUCAUAAUAUUACAUUAUUCUUGAAGACUAACAAAUUUCCGCUUUUAAUAUUUGGACUUUAUUCUUGUAAAAUUACUACUGUUUUUUUUCCAUUUUUGCUGUUUUCUUGUUAAAUUCUAUUUUUAGAAUGUUCCACGGGCCAAUUAAACAACAGCCGUGGGCAGCAUUCGGCCCUUUUGGACACCCCUGUGCUACACGGACAAUAUUGAGCAAGUCCAGGAACUUUGCAAGUCCAGUAACAACCGUCACCUUUUGUUGUGUCCACCAUCGCGCGCGUUAAUCAUCGUGGGAAGCGCCUUGAACGCCUUCUGUUUAGCAUCUAACCCACAGCACUGCUGAAUAAACCCUGACCAAGUUCAUUAUGUGCUGAUAUCUACAAAUCACACGGUGUCCGAUCAUCACCAUCGUUAUCGCUGAGUGCAAGGUUUUAUUUGCCACAAUUUGUCAUGAACUUAACAUUGUACAGUUGUCUUUUGACGUGACGUGGCGAAAAGUAAGCACGUUCGGAGCGUACCUCAACUUCAAACUUUGACUCCUGUGUCAGUUUUUUUAGUCAGCAGGUUCGGAGAACGUGUCAUGUUCUCGUGACGUCCUGUUGUUGAAUCUCGUCACCUGUAACACUUGACUGGCGUGCUUUUUAUUUCCGUCCUCUGUGCUUUGACUUUGUUCUGUGUGUGUCUGUUUUUGUAAAAGAAAAAUAAAUCAUAUUUAUUUUCACUAUUUUUGUAGACAAAAUAACUAUUUGAUUUUGAUUGUAUUUUUCUAUUUCAAUAUGACCAUUAUACCGUUUAUCCGCCCCCGCCCCGCCCCGCCCCGCCCCGCCCCGCCCCUCCAGUGCUGAAUUAUUUUGUUCCCGGGCAAUACAAAGAAUCCGCUCACAUCCACGAUGUAUUUGAUAUGACUCUUAUUUUCAUACACACUUGACAUUUCACUUGAAGGCGAGGCAAGAGGAAGGUUUUAUUCUAUUCUUGGAAGACACUUGAGAUUCUGCCGCUUUGAAACUUGAAUAUAACACAUUUUGAAAGGCUGACUAACCUCGAAUCUGUGUUGUGAUGUGCAAUACUGUUUCUAAUGUUUGUAUAAAAGUACCAAUUACAGUGUAAACCUUUUUAAGAUGCAGAUUUAUUUUUUUCAUUGCAUAUUUUGCAGAUUUCUGAUCCACAGUGUCAUUUUUUUACUGUCUGGAUGAAAAAAGAAAAAAAAUAAGACCCCGUUUUUUCAUUGCAACUAUUUUUAAACCCAGAUAUCUUUGUACUGAUGUAAAUGAUUGUAGUUAUUUUGGAUAGUGUUUUGCUAACAAAAGGAGAGACUUUUUUCAUGCAUAUUUCUAUUUGAUUUUCACCUUAUAUCAAAUCACCUUUUUAUUUCACCCGAUAAUAGCAGGAUUCCUGGAACUCCUCUUUUGUGUCAUUUGUAUGAUUUUGUAUUUGUAUACGAGAAAACACGAUAUGGUAUGUGUCAUUUUUAAGGAAAAGUGCACUUUCUUUUCAAUUUUGCCCAGCAUCUACAAUACUUAUGUGAGACAUGAACACACGUCUCUUUUCUGUGUGUUCUAAAGAUAUAAAAACAACAAAAAAGAGGCAGCUAAGCCUUCUGAAAAAACCUCCAAAAGCACCAACAACGCUCCAUUUACAUAACGUGACCUGCACGUUAACCGAGCUAUAGCAACAUUGUUAUUAUUAUUGUUGUGAUUGUUACGCCGAACAACUAUGUUACUGGCGUAGUGACACCACGCCGGCUAGCUACUCGCCUUCUCGCGACUAGCUACACCACACACUCGCUCACAAUGCCGAACGCUAACGCCACAUAUUGGUUUUAGUUUUUCAGUUUGGAAAAGUUAACUCUGGGUGUAGCGUUCCUUUCUAUGUUGCUAUGUGAAAUCAAUGCGCCCAGGAAACAAGUUCCGCUAAUGUUUAAAAUGCUCAAAAUAGGGCAAAAUACUGUAAGUGUUACGACAUGCUCACAGCAAGGACAUAAAACCUUGUGGGAGGUUUUUGGUGUUUUAAUGGCGGGCUUUAUAGGCGAAAUAGGUGUGUCCCAUUACAUGCCUCCUCCUAGCUGUUUUUAUAUUUUUAGAACGCACAGAAAAGACAAAAGACGUGUGUUGAUGUCUCACAUAAAGAUUGUGGAUGAUGGGCAAAAUUCCAUUAAAAAAUGCACUUUUCCUUUAAGAUGGCAAUUGCAGAGAAAUGAUUUGAAUUCUUUUAAAGCUAAAUAGUUCUCAUUUUUCCAAAUCAGAGUUUGCGUACAGGCUCUCAAAAGUGGAUGAAGGGGUGUUUGGAUCAUAAUUAUUUCUGAAUGGAUCUUUAAUAUGCUGAAAUGAAUAUGGUGUUUAUUUUUAUUUGGGGUUGUUUUGUAUUGAACUCGUGUGUUGAUUGCAAUCUUUUUUGUUCGUUUCAGUUCACUUCCUAAAUAAAGGCCCGUUCUGUUUGGACACAUCAUGGCAGCUUUUCUUUUGUUACACACAUACGACUGCGCCGGUAGCAGCCUCCUCGAUGGAUGACAAUCAGCCAUGAAUGCGAAGAUAAAUGGAUUGUAGAGACAUGCGGUGGGUAUCGCCAGACUUAGCAAUCGGUUGCCAGUGCGUCUGUAAACCGACGCGAGAGCCUGUGCGUUACUGAGCCUGGGCAUUACUGAAGACAAGUCCAAGAGGUUCUGGCAAACCAUCCGACGCCUCAGAAAGGGGAAGCAGUGCCAGGUCGACACUGUUUACAACGGGGACGGAGGUCUGCUGACCUCAACCGAGGAUAUAGUUGGACGGUGGAAGGAAUACAUUGAGGCUCUUCUCAAUCCCACUGACACAACUUCCAUUGAGGGAGCAGAGUCGGACAUCUUUGUUGACAUGUCGAGUGACUGUCUUGGUUAACACAUCUCUUCAACAUUGCGUGGAAGUUGGGAACUGUGCCAGACCAGGGUGAUGAUCUCCCUAUUCAAGAGGGGUGAGUGGAGGGUGUGUUCCAACUGUAGGGGGAUGACACUCCUCAGCCUCCCUGGGAAAGUCUAUCCCAGGGUGCUGGAGAGAAGGAUCGUCAAACCUAUAGUUAGUCAAACCUCAGCUACAGGAAGUGCAAUGUGGUUUUUGUUUUGGUCAUGCAACACUGGACCAGCUCUACACGCUUGCAAGGGUACUGGAGGUUUGCCCAACCGGUACACAUGUGCUUUGUGGACUCGGAAAAGGCAUUUAACCAUGUCCCUUGUGAUGUCCAUUUGGUCCUUGUACAACAGUUCGCAUUGCCAGCAGUAAGUCGAGGCUAUUCCCAGUGAAUGUUGGUCUCAAGGCUGCCCUUUGUCAGUGAUUCUGUUCAUAAGUUUUAUAGACAGAAUUUUUAGCCACAGCCAAGGCGUUGAGGGGGUCCAGUUUGGGGGCCUUAGGAU